GUUAUCCAAAGCAUGGUUUCAAACAUAUUUGAUCAUAUCUCAUUCAAAACAAUUUCAUUUUUCUCAAAUAUUUGAUGCAAACAAUGUCGACAUGAAUUUUUAUUUAAUGAAACUUCCGCUAUAUUCAUCAAAAAAUUUUGUCCAUCAGUUUAUACUAACACGAUUGACGACAUGUUUAACUCAAUUGAAUCGAAAUUUGUAUCACGAACGAAAUAUACCGAAAACUUUAGAUGAAUUCAAACAAUUUCAAUUUAAACCGAAUGAACAACCAGAAAAUGCUCGCUCAUUACGUGUGGCUAUUAUUGGCUGUCCGAAUGCUGGAAAAUCUACAUUAUUGAAUCAGUUAAUCAAUUGGAAAAUAAGUGCAGUUUCAUCAAAAGUUCAUACAACCAGAAAAAAUGUGAUCGGAAUUUAUGUUGAAAAUAAUACGCAAUUAGAAUUCAUCGAUACACCAGGUUUAGUGAGCAGAAAACAUAUGAUGCGACAUAAAUUAGAACUUUCAUUCGCCAAUGAUUUGAAAAUUUCUGCCGGGAAUGCAGAUAUUAUUGCCAUGCUGGUCGACAUUUCCAAUCGACGUGAACGAACCAAAUUGAAUCAAGGAAUUCUGGACCUUCUACAACAAUAUCAUAAUGAUGAAAAUAAAGAAUCAAUAUUGGUUCUAAACAAAGUGGAUAAAAUACGUGAUAAACGAAGUUUGUUGGAUAUUGUUUCAACAUUGACGAAUGGAAUUGUCGAUGGUCACCCUGUUAGUUCGUCAAAUAUUGAUGAUGAUAUUCUCAAAGCGGAAUUAAAGCAAGGAAAAUUUGAUAUGUUAUUUCAACGAACCGACAAAUAUUAUAAAGAAUAUCAAGAUAAAAAUAUCGAAACUGUCGAAUCAGAUUUUAAGCAUAAUGGGAUUGGAUGGCCAAAAUUUUCACAAGUUUUUAUGAUUUCUGCCCUUCAUAAUGAUGGUAUUCAACAAUUGCGAAAAUAUUUCCUUCAAAAAGCUAAAGAAAAAUCAUGGUUUUAUAGUGGCAAUGUUGUGACCGUACAAAAUCCGAAACAAAUUAUAAUUGAUACAAUACGAGAAGUUUGUCUGGAAUUAUUUAAUCAAGAGAUUCCUUAUAAUUUUCGUUACCAGAUUGUCAUGUGGGAACAAGACGAUCUUGGCAAUCUAUAUUUAGUUGUAGAUAUUUUAUGUCCAGAAAAAUUUCUUUCACUUUUAAUUGGCCCAAAAGGUUUGAAUAUUUCGAACAUAGUUCGAAAAGCUCGAGAAUCAUUAUCAAAUAUUUUUCAUUGUGAUAUAUCAUUAAAAAUUGCUGCAAAAUCUUUUCGAUAAUAA